GAAGUAAUAACUACUAACACUUGCGCCAAAAUUAGACGACGAAGAAUAUAAACGACAGUAUUCGUACCACCGACUUCCGAUGUCGAUGAACCUCUAAAAAUAACUCCAAUGAGAUCUCAACCUCCACCGCCUCCGCCCAAACCCGAGGACGAUCCGGAUCUUUUAAUUCGGGCCACUCCAACCUCGAAUCAACCUCUCACCACAUCCGUUGCGGGGCAUCGGAAAAAAGGGACCGGUGUCCGGGCAUGGCUUUUACUGGACUCAACGGGACAGACCCAAGUGGUGGAGGCGGGAAAGCAUGCUAUCAUGAAACGCACGGGUUUACCCGCUCGAGAUCUUCGGAUCUUGGACCCACUUCUGUCGUACCCGUCGACGAUUCUGGGUCGAGAAAGGGCGAUCGUGAUUAACUUGGAGCACAUAAAGGCAAUCAUCACGGCCCAAGAGGUUUUACUGUUGAAUUCUAAGGAUCCUUCGGUUACGCCUUUCGUUGAUGAGCUACAAAGCCGGAUUUCGUGUCAUUAUCAAGCAACCAAAGCCCAGGAGUGCGUUGUUGAUGAUUCCAACUGCAUCAUUCGAACUAGUUCCAAAAAUUGGUCAGCAAGGUUUUCACUGCCUCAGAAUCAAGAUGAGGAAGGUACGGCAGAAGAGAAACAGGGUAUUGAGAACCCGGAUGGAUCAAGGAUUCUCCCAUUUGAGUUUGUUGCAUUGGAGGCAUGCCUUGAAGCUGCUUGCAGCUGCUUAGAUAAUGAAGCAAGGACAUUGGAGCAAGAGGCUCAUCCAGCCUUGGAUAAAUUGACUUCAAAGAUUAGUACUCUCAAUUUGGAGCGUGUUCGCCAAAUUAAAAGCCGCUUGGUUGCAAUAACCGGGCGUGUUCAAAAGGUAAGGGAUGAAUUGGAACAUUUGCUAGAUGAUGAUGAAGAUAUGGCUGAGAUGUAUUUAACUGAGAAACAACAAUUUGAAAAUUCGUCAGCCUCUUCUAUGGAUGAGAGUGAUGUUAUAAAUGACGAAGUUCUCCAACCAGACUUCACUGACAGGACACCUGUUGAAAUCUCCUUGGCAAGCAAUUAUGAAGGUGAUCUCCAAGACUCUGACAACCCACAGUUAAAUGCAAUUGGCAGAGACAGUCAUGGAACUCAUACAAGUACUACGCACAGUGCUAUGAGCAAGCACCUCGAUGUAGAAGAGUUAGAAAUGCUCUUGGAAGCAUAUUUUGUACAAAUUGAUGGCACACUGAACAAGCUAUCCACGCUGAGGGAAUACGUGGAUGACACAGAGGACUACAUUAACAUAAUGCUGGAUGACAAACAGAACCAUCUCUUGCAGAUGGGAGUCAUGCUGACGACAGCAACCCUUGUAAUCAGUGCUUUUAUUGUUGUUGCUGGUAUCUUUGGCAUGAAUAUCCAUAUUGAGCUAUUUGAAGAUGGUAAAGCAGGGAAUUUGGAAUUUCUAUGGACAAUUGGAGGUGGUACUACGGGGACAAUAUUCCUCUAUGUGAUUGCUAUUGCAUGGUGUAAGUACAAGCGCUUGUUAGAGUAGUUAAGACUUAAGACCAAGCUGUAUAUCUUCCGAAGCAGUGGGUGAUAACAUGAAGGGAAGGGUUUAUCCUGUAAACAUACUGAAUAUGCUUUUAUGUUUUGCUUUGUUGCGGAGAAGACUACUGGGUAAUUACAUUUAUGUAUUCUGUACAUGGUGACUUUGAUAAAUCUCUUGAAUGCUCUGUUAACGUUAUGCAACUCUAAUACAUGGAUUUGCGGCUGCAGCAUUUGCUGGCCACUUUUUCUUC